CCAGAGGCAAAAGGAAAGUUCGAAAGAUUCGAACUUCCCUCACAGAUUCGCCGCAAAUCCACAAUUCUCGAUUAUUUUCUAUCGCGAUUUCCAAUUCCUAAGGUCUUACAGUUAGCCUUAGGAGAAUGCCGCCUCUUCCCUAGUUACGAACUAGAAGCUACCCGCUCUUUCCUUUUCCUUAGAUUCAUUUCUACAGUAUUUCCGAUUUCCGAAUUGAUUGGAUUUGAUUGAAUUGGUGGCGGUCGGCGAUCCUUUCUGUACUCUAUCUAUUCUUUACAUCAUCGCCGUUGUUGCGCAUACGUGAUAUAUUUUUCAAUAACUUUGUUAAACCCAAGCAGAGAGUAUUUUCUACCGUUUGUCUCGGCUGACUAGCCAUCUGCGCGCGCCGAGUCAAGUCGCCAUGGCGUUCCAAACGUCAGCUCUUCCGAGCAUCGCGGCGGCGACAACGGACCUGUGGCCAUCAAUCCUCAAUACUGUGAUGGUACCUUUCCGAACAUCAUCGCUCCCGUCCUUGAAUCCGAAUGCGCUUCAACCUAAGAAAGUCGAGCCAAGAUUACAACCAACGAAAUCGAAUGUCCAAACUGAGGCCUCUGCCGGUCUGCCCAAGUUCAAGCUUCCUGAAUUUCUUCAGAAUGCUCAACUUGACGCCCAUCUCCCAACCGCUACAUAUAUGAAUACUAUCCCCGCUCCUUUCGAUAUCCGUUCGUCGAUUUCGACAAUGCGGCGUGCCACUCUUUUUGCGGCAAGCCCUGUUGCACUUCGUUUUCAACCGCAAUAUGUACCGCUUCGAUCUAUGUCUACCGCGACCUCUCUACGUCCAUUCUCGAACCCGCUCAUGAAGAUCAAUAUGAUGAAUAUGCCUCAACGGAGAUCUUUCCAGACUGGUGGAUUGUCUAGGAACCUGCUCGCUCAUAUGGAGGAAUCUGCCAACAGAAACCCGACAAGUGCCACUGCUCAGAAUGCAUUCUACCAAUCCCUCCUGAGAGCGAAUAUGCCUGCUAUUAUCAUCGAGAGAUAUCAGUCUGGACGGUUUGCAGCAAAUCCUGCAGCAACUGAAGCAUACCACAAAGCACUAAGUAUGAUAAGUCCUAGUGCAGGUCAGGGUAUGCGAGAGGAGGAUAUCAGCCAUACUAUAAAGAAUCUACCGGGAGAUCUCACGGCUACACAAAUCCAAGCUGUAACUCAGGCUCUAGCCGCCCGAUCUCGCGGUGGUAAUCUAGCGGUUUCCACCAAAGGUGGUCAGGCAACCGGUGGAAAGGAUGGUCCUCUUCAUGUUGUCGUCGACGAGACACUUGGUGGUAGCGUCUUCCGUUGGGUCAAAUUUCUCUUAUGGUUCUGUCUGUUUACUUAUCUGAGCUUGGUUGUUGUGACUAUGCUCAUUGAGGGUUUAAGUGUUCUUAAGCGGCCCGGAGGCAAAGUCGAAAGCGAGGUCAAGGCUGAGCACCAGAAGACUCGAUUCUCGGACGUCCACGGCGCUGACGAAGCUAAGGAAGAAUUGCAAGAGAUGGUUGAGUUUCUGCGCAACCCCGACAAAUUCUCGCAGCUCGGUGGCAAAUUACCCAAGGGUAUUCUGCUAGUUGGACCUCCCGGUACUGGAAAAACUCUUCUUGCUAGGGCUGUCGCCGGCGAAGCUGGUGUUCCGUUCUUCUACAUGUCCGGUAGCGAAUUCGAUGAAGUCUAUGUCGGUGUCGGUGCCAAGCGAGUGAGGGAUCUUUUCGCCGCUGCGAAGUCUAAGUCACCCGCCAUCGUCUUCAUCGACGAACUCGAUGCUAUUGGAGGACGCCGUAACGCGCGCGACGCCGCAUAUGUUAAGCAGACUUUGAACCAACUUCUAACUGAGCUCGACGGUUUCGAUCAGACCAGUGGUGUUAUUAUCAUCGGUGCUACGAACUUCCCCGAGAUGCUGGACAAAGCCCUUACGCGACCCGGUCGUUUUGACCGUCACGUCACCGUCGAUCUGCCAGAUGUACGCGGUCGUCUUGCCAUUCUGAAGCAUCACUCCAGGAAAAUAAAGUCCGCUGCAGAUGUAGAUCUCCAAUCCAUCGCCUUGGGUACUUCUGGCCUUUCUGGAGCCGAGCUAGAAAACAUUGUCAACCAAGCUGCAGUUCACGCUAGCAAGGUAAAGGCUUCCAUGGUCAGGAAAGAAGAUUUCGAUUGGGCCAAGGACAGAGUUAUCAUGGGUGCCGAGCGAAGGACUAUGGUCAUUAGUGCCGAAGAGAAGGAGAUGACAGCCUAUCACGAAGCUGGUCAUGCACUUGUCAACCUUUUAACUAAGGGUUCUGGUUCAAGCCUAUACAAAGUUACCGUUCUCCCCCGUGCCCAUUCGUUGGGUCAUACCGCAGCUCUUCCGGAAAUGGACAAGUAUUCAUACACUAUCAGCAACUACCUAGCUCGCAUAGACAUGUGUCUAGGAGGUAAGCUUGCGGAAGAGAUCGUGUACGGACUCAACUCGGUCACCAGUGGCGCUUCAUCGGAUCUCAAAAUGGCUACCGCUGUGGCCUUCGAUAUGGUUGCAGGCUUAGGAAUGUCGGCUAAACUUGGAAACAUGGAGUAUAGGAGCCGAUACGAUACUCUGAGCAGUGAGACCAAGGCCCAAGUCGAGUCAGAAGUCCAGCGUACGCUCAAUGAAGCUUAUGAACGCGCUCGCAAACUCUUAAUCGACCACCGUAAGGAACUUGACUUAUUAGCCAAGGCUCUCGUUGAAUACGAGACACUAAGCAAAGAAGAAGUUGAGAAGGUCAUCCGAGGAGAGAAGCUGACUAAUCGUAUUGCUGUCCCGAAGGGUCCCAUGACUGUCCCAUCAUCUGCUAAACCUCCGGCUCCAGGGGAGUUGGCGCCUAUUCCCGGAACAGGAGAAGAUGGUGGAGGACCUCCGCCUCCGCCACCAGUACCUCCAGCACCAGGUGGACUUGCUCCAAAGAGUGAAUAGAUAAUCUAACUAUUAGGAAUGAAUAAGAUCAUCUAUUUAAGGUCAUUUUACGUGGGACCUGUCGAAGACAGCUAAGCGUUGCCCUGUCAUUAGGCAUAGUAACGAGAUGCCGGGAAUGGAAUUGUGUUGGGCGGCUCACUACAUACACAUAUGGUACACGUCACGGUUUCCAUACCAAUCCGAAGGGGUAGAAGAGCACUUGAAGAGCUGUCUGCCUAGGUAUGGUCCAGUUGUCCACUUACUAUGUGCCUGCGUGAGACGAGGGUGGGAUCCGCAGGAAUGGACAACGCCUGUAUGGCAUCGCCGCUUCUUGCUAUUACUCCUACCGAAUCGAUGGGAGCCGCCAGUAGAUAAUCUACUUUGCUUGUGUAUGUGUCAUAGGGAGGGCGUUCCUAUGUCAAAAAUUAAAAAGCAUGUAUCGAGUGUAACGUUAGAGUGGUUAAUCGGGUCUCUUACGUUCGUUGAACGGAGAGACUUUUGAAAAGAUUCUUGGCUUUGAUGGGGUUUGUGUGUGUGAGAUGAUUUGAGAUGAUAGUGAUGACAUGUGAUGACAUGUUGUACAUCGUAGGUAAAGAGGUGAGGUUAGAUUCUUUCUGUUUUGUUCUUUGCCUUUGUGGAGUCUAAAAGUAGCCAAGCGAUAUAACUUAUGUUAUUUUGCUUCCUUAUCAUUCUCAUGGCGAGAGACCAGCAUCGUCUACCUACCCAGGAUUCAAGUUGAUAUUCACCACC